UCAUCCAAGAAUAUUUUGGUAAGAGAAGGGUUAAUAAAUUGUCUAAAAUCCUAGCAAAUAGAAGUAAUAAUUCAGUUUUAUAUUGGACAAAAAUUUUAAAAUUAUAACCUAAAAUCGCACUCAUUUGACAUAAUAUGUGAAUAAUUAAAAUCUCUAAGAAAAACAUGAAGUUGAGCAAAUUAUAUAUGGAAGAAGAUACAAAAAAGGGAAACGGUUGAAAACUGAAUCCGUUGGGUUAAAGGAUUGAGUCUCUUGCAGCAUAUCCGUAACUGCUUCUUCUUGCAUUACUACGACGUUUGAUGCAAAUUAAUCCUACAAAUCCCAACAAACCUACUCCUAUGAUCACUCCAAAUGCAAUCCCUGCCUUUUGUCCCCCGCUCAAUCCUUUUGAACCUCCACCACCCUUUUCCUUCAAUGCUCCAUUAGGCGUUGGCGACGGUGGUGGAGAUGAACCCAAGUUAGGCGGCGGUGCAGGUGGUAAGUUAACAGUGGAAUUAGGUGGUGGUGGUGGGGAGUUGGUUGUAUUGGAUGGGGGUGGGGGAGUGUCAGUUGCGUUGGAUGGUGACGGUGGAGGCGGAGCGUCAGUGGUGUUGGCUGGUGGCGGUGGAGGCGGAGCGUCAGUGGCGUUGGAUGGUGGCGGUGGAGGCGGAGCGUCAGUGGCGUUGGAUGGUGGCGGUGGAGGCGGAGCGUCAGUGGCGUUGGAUGGUGGCGGUGGAGGCGGAGCGUCAGUGGCGCUGGAUGGUGGCGGUGGAGGCGGAGUGUCGGUGGCAUUGGAUGGUGGCGGUGGAGGCGGAGCGUCGGUGGCGUUGGAUGGUGGCGGUGGAGGCGGAGCGUCGGUGGCGUUGGAUGGUGGCGGUGGAGGUGGAGCGUCGGUGGCAUUGGAUGGUGGCGGUGGAGGUGGAGCGUCGGUGGCAUUGGAUGGUGGCGGUGGAGGUGGAGCGUCCGUGGCAUUGGAUGGUGGCGGUGGAGGUGGAGCGUCAGUGGCGUUGGAUGGCGGCGGCGGCGGUGGAGCAUCAGUGGUGUUGGAUGGUGGCGGAGGAGAUGCAUCUUGUGCAAAAGUCAAAUUUGUGACAUGAAGAAACACAAGAAUAAAAAUAAAAGCAAAAAUUGUAAACCUUUUAGCCAUGAGUCCUAAGUAUGAUUAAGGUGCACAUAUACACAAACCUACAUAUACAUAUAUACACUUUUCACAUUGAUGAUUAUCGUGAGAAGCCUUCUAAUUUUAUGGCUGUCUUGUUUUGUUUGUUUCCAAUUGAGGAUUAUUUUGUGAAGAAAACCUAUGGAAGUUUGAACGUUAAUAACAAUGUUUAAUUUCAUGGCAUAUUUUCUUGGGCAAAAUCUUGUUUGGUUUUUAAUAUUUGUGCAACAUAUUGUUCAUACAAAUAUACAAAUUAGCAUUCACAACUUUACUUUUAUCGAACAAAGAUUAUUAAUAGCCAGAGCAGAUCAAAUUUUUGCUCUGCUUAGCCGGCUGCCUUUUAGUACUUUAUGUCGAAACAGCCAAUUAAACAGCUGUUUUCUAGUAAUUUUUUAAAAAUCUAAAUGUACUUUUUUUUUUUGUUUUCCUAU